GCGGCCUGCGCUCCGGCAGCCCCGGCGGCUGCGGAGCAGGCCCGGGGGCCCCCGCCGGGCGCCGCGGCGCCGUCGGCGGCGGGUGCUUCGCUGCAGACGCCGCGCCAGGCGAGCCUCGCCGUCCCCGCGUCGACGCUGGGCGACGAGAGCACCGUCGACGACCAGGCCUGCCAGCUCGCAGAGGAGCUGAUGGCGGAGCAGAUUGCGCCGAGCGGUGAGGAGGCGGCAGUUCGGUCCCCAGCCCCGCCCGCCUCCGAGCACGCAGAGGAGCUGGCGGCGGAGAGCCUCGCGCAGGGCAGCGAUGCGGCGGCGGCGGGAGCGGCCUGCGCCGUUGCUGCUCUCACUAAGGAGCUGAGGACGGAGCAGACUGCUCGUGUCCACCAGGCAGAGGGCGACGCUGCGGCGGCCAGGGCGUGCUGCCUGGAGGCGCUGGAGGCUCUGGACGACAACGCAGCCUCCCACUGGGAGGCUGCGUUCACGGACUGCCUUCAGGCCCUGGCCGCCGUGCCGCGCGAGGGGGCGGGGUCCUCCGCCGCAGCGGCGCAGGCGGAGGUCGAGCAGGUCGCAGUGCCUCCCGGGACGCCAGACGCUGGUGCAGAUGGCGACGCUGCGGCGGCCAAGGCGUGCUGCCUGGAAGCGCUGGAGGCCCUGGACGGCAGCGGAGCCCCUCAGGCGCAGGCGGACUGCCUUCAGGCCCUGGCCGCCGUGCCGCUCCAGGGAGCGGGUGCCCCCGCGGCAGCGGCGCAGGCGGAGGUCGAGCAGGUCGUGGUGCCAGCCGAGACGCCGGACGCUGUUGCCGAGGCUUCGGCGGCCAAGGCGUGCUGCCUGGAAGCGCUGGAGGCCCUGGACGGCAGCGGAGACCCUCAGGCGCAGGCGGACUGCCUUCAGGCCCUGGCCGCCGUGCCGAUGCAGGGAGCGGCUGUUCCUGAGGCAGCGGCGCAGGCGGAGGUCAAGCAGGUCGUGCUGCCGGCCGAGACGCUGGACUCUGUUGCCGAAGCUUCGGCGGCCAGGGCGUGUUGCCUAGAAGCGCUGGAGGCCCUGGAAGACACCGCAGCCUCCCAGGCGCAGGCGGACUGCCUUCAGGCCCUGGCCGCCGUGCCGCGCGAGGGGGCGGGGUCCUCCGCGGCAGCGGCGCAGGCGGAGGUCGAGCAGGUCGCAGUGCCUCCCGGGACGCCAGACGCUGGUGCAGAUGGCGACGCUGCGGCGGCCAAGGCGUGCUGCCUGGAAGCGCUGGAGUCCCUGGGCGGCAGCGGAGACCCUCAGGCGCAGGCGGACUGCCUUCAGGCCCUGGCCGCCGUGCCGCUCCAGGGAGCGGGUGCCCCCGCGGCAGCGGCGCAGGCGGAGGUCAAGCAGGGGGCGGGGUCCUCCGCGGCAGCGGCGCAGGCGGAGGUCGAGCAGGUCGCAGUGCCUCCCGGGACGCCAGACGCUGGUGCAGAUGGCGACGCUGCGGCGGCCAAGGCGUGCUGCCUGGAAGCGCUGGAGUCCCUGGGCGGCAGCGGAGACCCUCAGGCGCAGGCGGACUGCCUUCAGGCCCUGGCCGCCGUGCCGCUCCAGGGAGCGGGUGCCCCCGCGGCAGCGGCGCAGGCGGAGGUCAAGCAGGUCGUGGUGCCAGCCGAGACGCCGGACGCUGUUGCCGAGGCUUCGGCGGCCAAGGCGUGCUGCUUGGAAGCGCUGGAGGCCCUGGACGGCAGCGGAGACCCUCAGGCGCAGGCGGACUGCCUUCAGGCCCUGGCCGCCGUGCCGAUGCAGGGAGCGGGUGUUCCCGAGGCAGCGGCGCAGGCGGAGGUCAAGCAGGUCGUGCUGCCGGCCGAGACGCUGGACUCUGUUGCCGAGGCUUCGGCGGCCAGGGCGUGCUGCCUAGAAGCGCUGGAGGCCCUGGACGACAACGCAGCCUCCCAGGCGCAGGCGGACUGCCUUCAGGCCCUGGCCGCCGUGCCGCGCGAGGGGGCGGGGUCCUCCGCGGCAGCGGCGCAGGCGGAGGUCGAGCAGGUCGCAGUGCCUCCCGGGACGCCAGACGCUGGUGCAGAUGGCGACGCUGCGGCGGCCAAGGCCCUGGCCGCCGUGCCGAUGCAGGGAGCGGGUGUUCCCGAGGCAGCGGCGCAGGCGGAGGUCAAGCAGGUCGUGCUGCCGGCCGAGACGCUGGACUCUGUUGCCGAGGCUUCGGCGGCCAGGGCGUGCUGCCUAGAAGCGCUGGAGGCCCUGGACGACACCGCAGCCUCUCAGGCGCAGGCGGACUGCCUUCAGGCCCUGGCCGCCGUGCCGCGCGAGGGGGCGGGGUCCUCCGCGGCAGCGGCGCAGGCGGAGGUCGAGCAGGUCGCAGUGCCUCCCGGGACGCCAGACGCUGGUGCAGAUGGCGACGCUGCGGCGGCCAAGGCGUGCUGCCUGGAAGCGCUGGAGUCCCUGGACGGCAGCGGAGACCCUCAGGCGCAGGCGGACUGCCUUCAGGCCCUGGCCGCCGUGCCGCUCCAGGGAGCGGGUGCCCCCGCGGCAGCGGCGCAGGCGGAGGUCAAGCAGGCCGCCCAGCGGGCGCCCGGCGGCAGCUACGACGAGCGGUGGGAGCUGGACGAGGGCAGGUCACUCGAGCUCAUCGUGGAGCCGGCCGAGACGCCGGACGCUGUUGCCGAGGCUUCGGCGGCCAAGGCGUGCUGCCUGGAAGCGCUGGAGGCCCUGGACGGCAGCGGAGCCCCUCAGGCGCAGGCGGACUGCCUUCAGGCCCUGGCCGCCGUGCCGAUGCAGGGAGCGGCUGUUCCCGCGGCAGCGGCGCAGGCGCAGGUCAAGCAGGCCCCGCGGAUGGUGCCGCCCCCGCAGGAGUCGGCCGCGCCCCGGGCCUCGCCGCCGCAGUCCGCCCGCAGCCGCCCAGCGUCCGCCGCGGGCCGGCCG